UAAAUACACGCGCCAUCCCCCAAACCCGGUCUUUUCAUUUCCUCGUCCAAUUUUGCACAGACGGAUCGAGCGAGAGAGACGUAGGGAGGGGAAGAAGAGUGAUAGACAGCGAUGACGAGUUGUUCUUCUCUCUUCGUCGUCCUAUCAACCGUAUUCUCUCUCUUCUUCUCGACUCUGGUGCUUAUCCGUACUUCUGCUGCACUCGAGGUCCCCGCUCUCAAAGGCGUACACCCUGGACAACCGAUUCUGGACGUUACACCAUCCCCACUCUCUGGCCUUUCACCUGGCCCUGGCAGCAAAGAUGUUUUGUCUUGUGAACGGGUCCAAAUAUCUGGGCAAUCACGGGUGAAACUUGGAAGCUAUCCAAAUGCACUCCGUGUCCUUGUAGUUCCUUCAGCUUCAACUCCAGAUAGACUGCAUAGUAGAAUUCAGAUUUGCUUCCAUCGUAAUGCUUCACUUGGAUAUUGUCGAUGUGAAAAAGAUGACUGGAAGGCCAUUCAUAAAGGGAUGUGGAGCUCUUUCAUGUCACCUUAUGAAUAUAGAUAUGUUGAUUUGAAGCUUACUGGUGAAGUUUCUGGUCCCAUUACAGUGUCUGUUGUUGAAGAACCUCAAAAAUGGCGCCUCAUCUGUCUUGGGUUGGGAUUUCUAAUGUUGCUGCUUGCUCCAGUCGUCAGCAGUUGGGUUCCUUUCUAUUAUAGCAGUUCAAUGGCAAUAGGAGUUCUGCUUGUUGUUAUCAUUCUUCUUUUCCAGGGAAUGAAGUUAUUGCCAACAGGAAGAAAGAGUGCCUUCUACCUUACCUUGUAUGGAUCAAUGCUUGGAGCUGGAUCUUUCCUUCUGCAUCAAUUUUCAAUGAUGGUGAAUGCGCUUCUUGUCAAUUUCGGGCUCAGCGAGGAGAUGCAUAAUCCGGUGUCUCUUUUCCUACUGAUUGGAAUCAUAAUUGCCGGAGCUGCGUUGGGUUACUGGAUAGUGCGAAAAUUUGUCAUAUCAGAAGAUGGGACUGUUGAUGUUGGCGUAGCCCAAUUUGUGAAAUGGGCUAUGCGGGUUGUUGCAGCUACUCUUAUUUUUCAGAGCACUCUAGACACCCUAUUGGCAUUGGGAGCUUUGGUCUUGUGUUCCACUUUCUCCUAUCUUAUUAGUUCUCCGUUUUGGCAUGAAGCAGCGUACGAGUCGUGUUCUUUGAAUUGGAGUCCUUCAAAACAGUGGUCCCCGCAAGGUACUAAGCUUAGUUGUGCUGAGUUCCUUGCUAGGACACCACCAAAGGGAUCUCAGAGUAAGCUGUGGAGUAGACCAAAGAAAACUGCAGCUUGGUUGGACUCACCUGUUAAGGGUGUUGUAUCUCCCUCAUCUGAGGCGAGGAAAAACCACCCGGACUACUACUCGGUUCUCCACAAAAACCCAAAUCGGAAGAAAUUAUCGGAACAGGAGUGGGAGGAUUCAAAGGCUCACUGGACAAGGGAGGCGGUGUCAGACUUGGUCUCGUCUCCUGAGUUUGCGGACUGGGUCAUCGACCAUGCGGACAGAAUCCGGGUCGUGUCAAGUGACAGCGAUGAAGCAGUUGGUAGCGACUCGGAUUCCACCAAUGAGGUCACUGCAAAGAGCAGCAAUAGGCUUAGCUUGUUCAGUUUCUGGCAGUUUUUUUACUGAAACAUGGUUUCCUUUCCCUUUGUUACAGGACAUCCAUUUAUGACAUGUACGAUAGUUGUAAAGAGAUUCAGUCAGGUUUAGUUAGUCUCUGUAGCUGAAGACAAGGAUUCGGUUAGUCACAGGUGAGAUUUUUCUGCAGAUUAGGAUCAAUGUAUGGGCAGUGUUAGGUUCCUUUGCAAGACUUGUGAAGUAGACAUCCCGUCUUUUCAAGAAAGUGAAAGGCAUCUUGUAGUCUCACCGAUUGGAGGGCCCGGAAUCCGAAAUUUCGGCCGAUGCAUCAUUUGUGUCAUUGAAUGCCAGCAAACACAGAAUAUUGUAAAAGAGUAGUUGUCUCAUACCCAGACGUGUCUCCUCUUCAUAAGCCAUUUGCUUUAACAAUGAGAAUCAGGGUCAUUUCAUC